GCCUGGUUGUUUUCUCGCGGUGCGCUGCCUGCGCUGCCCGCGCUCCGCUGCGCGCUUCCUAAUUUCAGCGUUUGGCGCGAUGGACGCGGGAAGGGCAGCCGGAGAGGAGUCGUAGCGGCGGCGGAGGGAUGUGGCUUCGCCAUGGGGAACCUCUUCGCGAGAAAGAGGCGCAGCCGCGUGACGGAGCAGGACAGGGCGGUUCUGCAACUGAAGCAGCAGAGGGACAAGCUGAGGCAGUACCAGAAGAGGAUCUCGCAGCAGAUGGAGAAGGAGAGGGUCCUGGCCAAGCAGCUGCUGAAGGACGGCAAGAAAGAGAAGGCGCUGCUCCUGCUCAAGAAGAAGCGCUACCAGGAUCAGCUGCUGGACAAGACCGAGAACCAGGUUGCUAACCUGGAACGCAUGGUUCAGGACAUUGAGUUCGCCCAGAUUGAAAUGAAGGUCCUCGAGGGUCUGAAAAUCGGCAAUGACUGCCUGAAGAAGAUGCACGAGGUGAUGUCAAUCGAGGAGGUGGAGCGGAUUAUGGAGGAAACCCAGGAUGCUGUUGAGUACCAGAGGCAAAUUGACGAGAUGCUGGCGGGCUCCCUGACGCGGGAGGAUGAGGAGGCUGUUCUGGCAGAGCUGGAGGCCAUCACUCAGGGAGAAGAUACGUCCCUCCCGGAGGUUCCUGCCGAGGAGCUGCCCGAGGUUCCUGAGGGAGAACCAGAGAAGGAGAGGGUGAAGCGGAAGCCGGAGCCGGAAAUGCUGCCAGCGUAGGACGGGUGCGCGCCAUCGCUCGCCCACGCACCGUCCGUCUGCUCCUGUCCCGCUACACACACCUUCACCUUGAAAUCUCCGCACCGAAAGUUCUCGCUCUCCGCCGUUCAUCCCGGGAACGUCCGCGCCUCCAACGGGAUCCGAGUGUGUUCCGGCAGCGUCUCGCUGGCUUUGGGCCCGUGUCCUUAGAGCCGCCUGGUUCUCUCUCGGUGAACCCGAGCACAGCGGUCACCGACUCGGCUAUCGGGUCUUCUCAUCGUGUCCCGUAACCCUCGUCCCGUGAGGACUGUGAUGAAGGAUGUGUAUGGACCGGGCCUGGUGUCAUUGCAUGUCGCUCUGAUUCUUUUAUGGUCCCUCCAGGUUUGUGGUCUGUAUUACCUUUAAAUAACACACGUGACCACACCGCCUUCCACAUUAGAACCCACACCAUACGAGCAGCGCUUGUACUCAGCCACUACCCCAUCUGGACCUAAACCGAAGGGUUUGGUUCUACCAGAUCGCUGCUCUCACAUCAAGGUUAUUGACCGCUGUUGUUGACCACGCUCAGGGUGCAAGAGAAAGCAAGGCCAUGGUCACUUGAAGCCUGGACUGUGUCACCGUUGUGAUUCCUUAGCUCAAGCUCCCGUGGCUUCAAGCUUCCAGAAUAUUCUCCUGCUUGUCCCACGGAGGGUUUUAAUGCCCUGUCAUUAACAGAACGGCUAAUCCAAUUGUCCGCAGCGGUCACUGAGGUUCCUGAGACAAACACCUGGCACCUACAGGUCGAAUCACCGCUGUCGUCCAACGCUCGGAGAUGUUCUGACCCGUUAAUGUUUGUUUUGUUAUUUGCGUCAGGUGAAAUUCUGUUCGCUAAUGUAAUUGUACCUUUACAUAUCAUAGCUUCAGGGCUGCUUGCUCCUUCGAACACCACCCAGGAAAGGAGGUGGUGGGUGCUCUCCCUGGUGGCGUGCAACAAAUCACGGUAAACGCUCCCAAAAUAAGGUAGCCUUGAAGGGCCUGUGAACCUGGUACGGCUGGCAAAAGUCCGCUUUUUUAUUUUAUUUUAACUAAAUCAAAACAAAACUCACAUCUGUCUUGUGUGAUUAGUGAAAUGUUAAUUUUUUAAAAAAAAAAAAAAACAUU